AUGACGGAAUAUCUGAGAACUAAGUCACCGCCUCACAUUAAUAGCAUUACACAUCAGACGAGUGGAUCAUUAGUAUCAGAAAAAACGAAUAUCCUGUCCACGCUGACUUCAUCAGCUACAUCUUUAGACAUCGAAUUGAAUAAAAAGCAGAGGACGCGAAACUUGCACAUUGACAAUAGUAGAGGGCACAAUUUAAAGGUGGCGCAGUCAACAAUGACUGCGAGAAGGCCAAGGUCUGGAUAUGAGGCAUUUGAAGAUGAUUCAGAUGAUGAACCCGGUCCACCGGCUUUGAGUACAUAUGCAAUGUCGUUACUGGAAAAAUUAGAUGUUAGCGACACUCAUCCGAGGAAUGUUGGUGGAAAUGGGCAAACACAAACGGCAAGUGGUCGUGGAAGAAGCUAUGAAGUGUCUGUAAAUGGCACUGGAGGCAAACAAGAGGGCGGAACCGAAGUUUCGAACCUGGAAAAUUCACAUUACAGAGAUUUAGGCAAGAACAGUCUGUGCUCGCUCUCCAGGACUCAGCAGGGGUUAUUACACAUGAAAGACAGUUCUAGCAGUAGGCGACAUCCAAGGCUGAAGCCACGGUUGAGCUUGGGAGCACCAAGAAGAGUUUCCGGGUCGAAAAUAUCACUGGAAAUGGAAUCCAACAUGGACAAUGAAUCGAUAAAACGAAAUAAACGGCCACUUACUGCCACGCGGACUCCCAUACAUAUUAGAACGGGUUGUUCCCCGGUGGUGAAGCGGAGUGAUCGGGGCGAUAUGUCUUGCAGCCUGGAAUUGGAGAAAACACCGACAAGAAUGAGUGAAAGAAGAAAAUCUAUGGAUGAAAGCGAGUUGGAUCUUUUGGCAACUCCGGAACAGGCCAGACGGGCACAGGUUGUGCCGAAAUCGCAGGAGAAGGUGAAGCAAAUGCAGUUCAAUGUGUGGGAGAGCAACAAGGAGAACGAGCCCAGGAGUUUGGCAAUAGACUUUUCAGAUAAAGGCAGUAGAAAUAAAAAAGGAGAAAUUGGAAGAAGUGGCAUGGACAGAAGAAAUAGCAGAAAUAGCACACGAAGCGACCGAAGCUCGGUUUUGGCUAAAGAGCUCUUGAGGCAGAAGCAGCGGAUGCUUGCCGAAAUGAGCCAGAAGUCGGUUGGAGAAAGAAGCAACCGAGCAGUACGAGAAAAGAUGGAUGUGGACCCCAGAAAUGGGUCGGGCGGUGCAGGCAGAAGCAACAUUCUGGAGGUGAAUGGGAGACAGUUUUCAAUUAUAGAGCAGAUCGGAAAAGGAGGGUCGUCUAGAGUUUAUCGUGCGAAAUACACGGGAGGGAAGGAAGAGGAGCCGAAAGGUGGCUUUAAUCGGCAUGAUAGCUACGCGGUGAAGGUUGUCCGGCUAGCGGAGCACGAACAGAGCACGGUGGACGAGUUUAAAGGAGAAGUGAGCAUACUACAGAGGCUACAUGAUGAGGAGAGGGUGGUAAAGCUGCUGGAUUACUCAACAAGCAAGAAAAGUCUCAUGUUUGUGAUGGAGUUUGGAGAAAUCGAUCUUGCACAUGUCUUGGCGAGCCGGUCGGGCAAACCGUUCGAUUUGGAGUUCGUCCGGUAUCACACACGAGAAAUGAUCAAGUGUGUGGAGGCAGUACAUCGGGCAGGAGUGGUGCAUUCGGACUUGAAGCCAGCAAAUUUCGUGUUUGUGCGAGGAGUGCUGAAGUUGAUCGACUUUGGAAUCUCAAACCAGGUCUCAGACCACACGGUAAACGUUUACCGAGAGUGUCAGAUGGGUACGCCCAACUAUAUGGCACCAGAAACGUUGAUUGAGGCUGGAAACGUGUGGAAAGUCGGCAAGCCGGCCGACAUUUGGUCUUGUGGAUGCAUCAUAUACCAGAUGUGCUACGGCAAACCUCCCUAUGCCCAGUAUCCGGGCUCCAAGAAGAUUAUCGCAAUCACUAAUUCACAGCUUCAAAUCACGUAUCCGCGUACUUCUCCACAUGGAGGGCCGCCUGUUAACUGUCUUGCAAUCGAUACCAUGCGAAAAUGCUUGAGACGGGAUCCCGACAGGCGGGCAACUGCGGAAGAAGUGCUGAAAAUGCCGUUUCUCAGUCCGAAAACGGUCACCGAGCGUUUUAUGGGCGAUCUGGUCCGGAAUGCCGUCAAGUACGGGGCUGUGCACCCGGAUAUGUCCGACAAGAAGAUUGAACUGCUGGUCAGGAAUGUCUGGAGGAGAGUGAAUGAGUAUUGUUGA